AUGUCAGGUUUUGACCCCAGAGCUAAUGGAGAGUCCAAGCCACAGGUGAAGCGCGAAGACCGGGUGCUCAGCCCUCCGCAGACUGCCUGUCAGUGCUCUCCUCCUGCGGCCAAUGGGCCUCAGCGGCGGUGGCGUCUGUGCGCCAGCUGCGGUGCAGACAUCCACGACCGAUACCUGCUCGAGGUGAAUGAACACCACUGGCAUUUGGGCUGCCUCGAGUGCUCCGUCUGCAGGACUUCUCUUCGGCAGCAGAGCAGCUGCUACGUCAAGAACAAACAAGUCUACUGCAAGUCAGACUACUUUAGCAGGUUCGGCAGUCAGUGCGCGCAGUGCGGGCGUCAGGUGCACGCCAGCGACUGGGUGCGGAGGGCGCGGGGCAGCGUUUACCACCUGGCCUGCUUCGCCUGCUUCUCUUGCAAACGCCAGCUCUCCACGGGAGAGGAGUUUGGCCUGCUGGAAGGCAGGGUGCUGUGCCGCCUGCACUACGACGCCGUCGUCGACAACCUGCGCAGGGCUGCCAGAAAUGGAACCGGCCUGACCCUGGAGGGGGCGCUACCCUGUGACCGCGACAGCCAACCCAAGCCCAUCAAGAGAGCGCGCACGUCAUUCACGGCGGAGCAGCUGCAGGUGAUGCAAAACCAGUUCGCCCGAGACAACAACCCUGAUGCCGUAACUCUGCAGAAAUUGGCGGAAAUGACAGGACUGAGUCGGCGGGUCAUACAGGCAGGUUUGGUUCCAAAACUGCCGCGCUCGCCACAAAAGGCAGCUUCCAAUUGCUCCACCCCCUAA